UUCACCGCUAACAGAGAGGCUCAUCAUCCAGUUCCUUGACAAGUGAGGAUCGUGGGCGUCGAAGAAGCAUUCGGUUGCUGCUCAACACGGAGUCCUGCUUCGCCGGGCUGAUGCAGUUCGGAGUGGAGAGAUACGUGAGCCAACUGCACAUUUCGGCAAAAGUACUGACCCCACAGGACCACAAGACCAUGUUCCAGAAUUCAGAACAGUUUCCGCCCCUGAGCCUGGAGUUGUGUCAAAUGAUCCGCGAGGACCUGCUCAAAAGCGGGGGCCGAAAAGUUGGCUUCAUCCUGCAUAAAGAG